GGCUCUCCCUCACGCUCUUCAUGAUUGGGGGUGGUAAUUUUUCUUCCUUCAUUUGGUCAGCUCUGUGGUCUGCCCCGUUGUUUCUUUUCAGUCUCCUUUCGUCUGCUUUUCCGUGCAGUGUUUCCACAUUAAAUUUUAUUUCUAUUUACCAUUUGCAACCGCUUCGAUUGGUUUGCUUGUUAUUUCUCUGGACAAAUGAGAAGAUGCUUUCCUACGAUCUCAACGAGCGUUUGAUGAGCGCCGUCCACAGCGGCGACUUUGGUCAGGCCCUAGAUUGCAUUCUGGAAGGCGCCCAGGCCACCUACGUCUCGGCCACAUGUGGGCGCACUGCUGUGGGCACCGCCGCCCUACUGGGCGAUGCCGAGCUUCUCGAGCUGCUAGUCCAAUCCUGCGAGGAGCCACAACUAAAUGUUUAUCAUCAAGCUCAUGCCGAUGCACUGGAGAUAGACAUUACGCCCGAGGGUAUGGAGAAGCUGGAAUGGGUGGACGAGUUCGAAGGCGAAAGCUGGAGCUCAGAGAAUACAGAGGGAGGCGUGGGCGAUGGUGGUGGAGGCGUGGCAGGCGAGGACUCGCAAUUAUAUCACUACUAUGCGAAGACCUUUGAGAACACUGGAGAGUUCCUGACCCAGUGCUGUGCCAGUUGCCGUCAACAGGAUCCACAUAUCUACGACGCGGACCUGGUGACGCCGCUGCACUAUGCCGCCGCCUGGGGCCACGUGGAGUGCGUCGCCGUGCUGCUCAAGCACCAGGCGCCCAUCAACGUGGUCAACAGCGAGGGAUAUACGCCGCUGCACGUGGGCGCCGGCAAUGCGGAGGUCACUCGCCAGCUGAUCCAGCACGGGGCUUUGGUCAACUCGAAGACGCUGAGCGACGGGAAGACGGCUCUGCACCUGGCCAUCGAGAAUCGAUGCACUGAAGCGGCUCGCCUGCUGCUCCAGACGAACGUCAAUUUCAAUGAGACGGACGACGAGGGCGAGACGCCCCUUAUGCUGGCCGUCGCCUGCAACCAGCUUGAGUUGGCCCAGGAGCUGAUCGAGCGCGGCGCACGCGUCAAUCUGCAGGAUAAGGAGGGAUAUACGGCACUCUAUUUCGCAGUCAUCGGCCGGCAUCGGCAGCUGGCGAAACUUCUGCUGGAGCGUGGCGCACGACGUCUGCCGGCUCACCAUCUGCUGCACCAUUGCCUCGGUCCGGACGCCGAGGACCGGGCCAUGGUCGAGCUGCUGCUGCAGCACGGCGAGAGCCUGAGUGUCAGGGACAGCGAUAAUCUGACUCCCGUCAUGCGUGCCAUACACCAACAGUUGCCGGAGAUGCUCGAAUUCCUUCUGGAUCAGGCGAAUCAGCAGCGACUCCUCGGGCUCUACACGGAUGCCCAGGACGUGGGCCUGCUCCUCUUCGCGGUGCAGCAAAUCGAGCAGUUGUCCGCCUUCCGUCAAAUUCUGCGCGUUCUUCUCGCCAAGCUGCCCAGCGCUCGCAGGGAUCUGUACAGCUUCCAGCCGCCCACUGUCGUCUGCGGCUUCGUCUACAGCGAAACGCCAUUGGCUCGCGCCAUCAGCCUGCAGCGCCUGGACAUAGCUCAGCUGCUGCUGCGAGAGGGCUGCAAUCUCUCUCAGAUCUCGAGCGAACAUGUGCUCAACGAGCUCCGGUCCAAUGGCAAUUCGCAGAGCUUGGCAUUUGCGGAACUCUUAGGACACGUUGGUUUCAAGUUCUCCCCGCCCACCGAAACGAGUGAUAGCUCCCAGCGAGCCACGCCCACUCGCUUGGCCUUUGACCAGAGCCUGCGUCAGCUGAGCACACAGCCCCAUUCGCUGCAGUCGCUCGCCCGCCAGGUGAUACGCCAACAACUGCUGCGAACGCUCCAGGCCGACUUCCAGCUCCAUGCCAAGUAUCCCCCAACGGGUGAGAGCUCCACUCUGGCGCGCAUUGUGGACGAGGAGCUGUGCAUGCCGCAAACCCUGAAGCGAUACCUCAGCGAGUUCUCGGAUGUGCCGGCCAUGCGAGGAGCCCACUUAACUAGUCAAAUAAUACGGUCAGCCGAGUCGUGGGAUUAACAUCGAGAAUCUUGUGCAAUUUGCAGUAUUUAUUUAAGUUAUUUAUAUUUAUAAAUAUAUAGAAUAUGUUUUAGCGUAGGUAUGUAAUGUUUGUAUAUCGCCCGUUAGUGUAGUGUAUGCAAAAGUUUAGGGUAUUUACUUUUAGUGUGUAGGCACAUAAAUAUAUAUAUUCAUCUAUAUAUAGAAACACACACGAUAUAGAUUUGCGAUCAAACACUUUUUGCUCUUUACAUUAACUUUUUAGACACUUUCGAAAGUUACAAUUGUUGCAUAUAUAUAUACACACACAUAUUUGUAUAUAUAUAUAGAUUUGUGAAAAUUAUAAAUUAUGAAUUGAGUUUUUCUU